AUGAUGAUGAUGGUUGUUUUUUCAUUAUCAUCCUUUAGUACUAGUAGUCGUCCAAUAGUAGUUGCAAGGAGGUCGACGACUUCUUCGUCGUUGAUAUUGAGAGAUUAUAGACGUGAUUCUUCUUUAAAGGCUCAGAGAAUUAUUUCAACAUUAUUAUCAUCACAACAACAAGAAGAUGAUUCAGAUUAUGCUCAAGAUGAUGAUUCCACUACCAACCUCCACCAACAUCGACCUUCUUCUUCCGUCUUCUUCCUUAAUGCUACUAGUAGUAAUCAUUUUGUUGAAGAUGUCUGGAUGAAACCGAACAGCAGUGAUUAUCAUCAAUGCAUUGUUAGACCAAGAAACCGAAUAAAGACAAACUCAGCAACAAACGGGUAUCUUCUUGUUCAUGCCAAUGGUGGAUUAAAUCAAAUGAGGACCGGGGGUACGUACAUAUGCGACAUGGUUGCCAUUGCUAAGCUCAUGAACGCCACCCUUGUUCUCCCUUCUCUUGAUCAUCAAUCCUUUUGGACCGACCCCAGUGAUUUUAAGGACAUAUUUGAUUGGAGGCAUUUCAUGGAUGUUCUAAGAGAUGAUAUUGAGAUUGUAGAGUAUCUACCAACCAGAUUCGCGAGUAAAAAGCCGCAUCUUAAGGCUCCUAUAUCAUGGUCAAAGGGUAGUUAUUAUAAAGGAGAGAUGACUUCAUUGUUGAAGAGACACAAAGUAGUUCAGUUUACUCAUACCGAUUCAAGACUUGCCAAUAACCGGCUGGCACCCUCUUUGCAAAAGCUCAGAUGUCGAGCGAAUUAUGAGGCUCUUCGUUACUCUGCAGAGAUUGAAGAGCUUGGAAACAAGUUGGUUCAUAGACUAAGAAACAAAGAUCAACCCUAUAUCGCUCUUCAUUUGAGAUAUGAGAAAGACAUGCUUGCAUUCACAGGCUGCAGCCACAGUUUGAGCGUAGAUGAAGCACAGGAGCUAAGAGCAAUGAGAUACGGUGUGAAGCAUUGGAAAGAAAAAGAAAUAGACAGCAAAGAAAGGAGACAGCAAGGGGGAUGCCCCAUGUCCCCUAGAGAGGCCGCUUUCUUCCUUAAAGCCAUGGGGUACCCUCCAGACACAAACAUAUACAUAGUCGCCGGUGAAAUAUAUGGCAAUACGAGCAUGGCUGCCUUUCGCAAGGACUACCCUAACGUCUUUUCUCAUACCACGCUUAUGACUCCGCAGGAGUUGGAUGCUUUUAAGCAGUACCAGAAUCGUCUUGCGGCUGUUGAUCACAUUGUCGCCCUUGAGAGUGACGUUUUUGUUUAUACCUACGACGGAAAUAUGGCAAAGGUGGUCCAAGGCCAUCGGAAGUUUGAAGGUUUUCGCAAGACCAUUAGCCCUAAUAGGCAACAAUUUGUGAAAUUGAUAGAUGAGUUGGACAAAGGAAUGAUAUCUUGGGACAUGUUCAGUCUUGGAGUCAAAACCAUUCAUAAAUACCGGCUAGGUGCGCCAUCCAAGAGGAAGGUUGGGGAGUCUCCUAAAGUAGAGGAGAAUUUUUACUCCAACCCUUUUCCAGGCUGCAUUUGCUCUGCCCAGUGAUCGAAAACAACUAUCUAUUUAUCCGGCCAUCUUCAACUUGAUACAAGA